AUGGUCAAGGUCUUAAUGCAGCUCAGACGGCUGAGGGGUCUCUCGCCAGCAACGGCACGGCUGUUAUUCACGUGCACGGUCGCGCCAGUGGUCGACUACGCCUCCAACGUCUGGAUGCAUGUUUAUAAGGAUCACUCAUCGGACCCGUCAACAGAAAAACAACACCGCUCACCACUCUACCAAGUGGCGGAUGCUCUCCAGGACGUGCUGAUGGAGGAAUUGGAAACCAUCAGACCAUGCCCAAUACCACCUUGGGAGGAAAGAAUACUCAAAGUGGUCGAUGCAUCGGCAGCACGACAUCCGGACACCGUCCAGGCGGUCCAUAUCGCCGUGAGCAGCUCAGCGCGGAAUGGCGUCGUCGGAAUAGAACAAAAUCCUUACUCUGGAGAACUUGCCGCGGUUGGCACGGCUCUCGGCACGCUACCAGAGCUCCGAUUUUGCAGUGUCAUGCUAACAACGAGAAACAAGGCAGAGGCGCUGGCACUCCAGAAACCUCGACAACAGUCCGGGCAACAAUAUAUUCGACGCAUCUACAAAUCAGUCAGAGCACUGAGGAGAUACGGGAACACAGUUGCAGUCUGCUGGCUACCGUCAAGUGAAGAACACGAACUGAUGAAGCUUGCCAAGGAGAAGGCAAAAGCCGUAAAGAGACAGGGAUGCACCCCGCAAGACGCAACACCGUGA